AUGGCUUCAUGUAUGGCUAUAAAACGUUCGUUUGAACAUGACCGCGAUUCUCCUAAUAACAGUUCAUAUGAAUCUCGAACAUCUUCACCAUCAUCAAAACGUCGCCGUCGCUGUUAUCCUAUGACAGUUGUUUCAUCGCCCACACCAAUGACUAACGAAACAACAGAGCAAACAGUAUUUCCUGAUGUUGAACCAAUUUUAACUACAGAUGUUUUAUUAAAUCGAAUUAAAGAAGAAGUUCGUCGUCUUCAACGACGUCAUCAAUUAAAAGUAUCAACAUCAUCAGAUUUAAAUGAAGAUGAUAAUUCAAAUGAAAGUCGUUCAUCAUCAAAUCAUCAACAUCUUCUAACACUCAAACAAGUUAAUAUGAUAUGUGCUCGAAUAUUAAAAGAACGUGAAGAUAAAAUUCGUGAAGAAUACGAUCGAAUUUUAUCAAAUAAAAUUAAUGAACAAUAUGAAGGUUUCGUUCGAUUUACGCAAGAUCAGCUUACACGAAGAUUUUCUGAAUUGCAAUUCUCUUACGUUUCUUGA